CUUGAAAUUGCUUGUAUGGAAAAUCCGGGUGAUCUGAAGAAACAGUUGUUAGUUGAAUUCGAAGAUGAACAAGGUAUUGACGAAGGUGGUCUGAGCAAGGAGUUCUUUCAACUGAUCAUCGAGAAAAUCUUUGAUCCAGUUUACGGAAUGUUCGUUCUGGAUGAACAGUGCCAAACGUACUGGUUCAAUCCUGUCCCGUUGGAGGAUUUGGAUCGCGAAUACUGCCUGAUCGGGAUUCUGCUUGGUCUUGCUAUCUACAACGAUGUCAUUCUCGAUAUCCACUUUCCUGCCGUACUGUAUCGCAAACUGGUAGGCAAGCUGGGUACUUAUGAAGACCUGAAAGAUGCUCGACCGGUGAGCUUCAACUUAAAAAAAGAAUCAUUUUUCAUUUGA